AUGGCGUCAACUGAGCAUCCGGUUGUGGGAUGGAUAGGACUUGGAAGUAUGGGCAUGGCAAUGGCUCGAAAUAUUCAGAAGUUUCUCCAGCGCGAAGGUAGACCACAGUUGCGGUACUGGAACCGGACGGCUUCUCGCGGGGAACCCCUCAAGUCACUUGGCGGUAUCGGAUGCGAAUCUAUCGUACAGCUUGUUGCUGAAUGUGAUCUGAUAUUCAUAUCGACGAGCGAUGACGCUGCCUUGAUUGGCAUCGUUGACCAAAUCUUGUCUGCUGAAGAUAUCGAUGGCAAGAUCAUUGUGGACACUACGACCGUGCAUGCCAACACGACGAAAGAAACAAACGAAAAGCUGAAGAGCCGUGGAGCAAGCCUUAUUGCUGCACCGGUGUUCGGAGCCACGCCGGCCGCAGAGAGCGGGACUGUUUUGAUGGGGAUGGCGGGCCCUAAAGCAGCAAUUGAGAUUGUCUCGCCUUUUGUGAAAGGCGUUCUUGCUAGUCAGGUGAUGGUAGUGUCGGAGCAGCCUCAAAAAGCGAGUCUUCUCAAGACCCUGGGUAACUUUAUCAUUGCUGGAAUGAUGGAGACUAUUGGAGAAGCGCAAGUGUUUGCAGAGAAAAGCGAACUCGGCACAGCCACACUUGAGAAGCUGCUCGAGCUGAACUUCGGAAGCUUGAUGCAUUCUACCUCCACGCGUAUGACGCAAGGCGUUUACCUUCCAGGAGAAGGUGAAUCCCCUUGGUCCAGUCUGGAGCUAGGUAUUAAGGAUGUUCAGCAUGGUGUCACUUCCGCCCAAGACGCUGGGAUGAGGUUGAAGGUUGCUGAGGUGGCUUUGGAAAAUAUGACGCGGGCGAAAACAUUCGCAGACGCCCAUGGUGGUCGUUCCUUAGAUUCGUCGGCUGGGUACGGUAUCAUCCGCCAAGACGCUGGGCUUGAGUUUGAGAAUACCUUUGUGAAGGAACGAGAUUCCGCCAAAGAGACUGGGGGCUCUCAAUAG